ACAAGGGUUCUUAGGGACCCUGAAGGCACUUACUAGCUAUGUCACAGAGAGUUUAAGAAGAUAAGAGGCAGAAAACUACAAGAACCUAAAAGCUCAGAGGUGGCCAGGAUGUUUGUGGGGCACCUCUAAGGGGCAGAGACGAGAACAGUUAAGUUUUGCUUUGGAGUUGGAGAAAGCAGCCCAAGAAAGGUGUGAAUGAGGCAGGAUGAACUGGACGGGUUUGUACACGUUGCUCAGUGGUGUGAACCGGCAUUCCACUGCCAUUGGCCGAGUAUGGCUGUCGGUCAUCUUCAUUUUCAGAAUUAUGGUGCUGGUGGUGGCUGCAGAGAGUGUGUGGGGUGAUGAGAAGUCUUCCUUCAUCUGCAACACCCUUCAGCCUGGCUGCAACAGCGUCUGCUACGACCAUUUUUUCCCCAUUUCCCAUGUGCGUCUGUGGUCCCUACAGCUCAUCUUAGUUUCCACCCCAGCUCUCCUCGUGGCUAUGCACGUGGCUCAUCAGCAGCACAUAGAGAAGAAGAUGCUGCGACUUGAGGGCCAUGGGGACCCCCUACACCUGGAAGAGGUGAAGAGGCACAAGGUUCACAUCUCAGGGACACUGUGGUGGACCUAUGUCAUCAGUGUGGUGUUCCGGCUGCUGUUUGAGGCUGUCUUCAUGUAUGUAUUCUAUCUGCUCUACCCCGGCUAUGCCAUGGUGCGGCUGGUCAAGUGUGAGGCCUACCCUUGCCCCAACACAGUGGACUGCUUCGUGUCCCGCCCCACGGAGAAAACCGUCUUCACUGUCUUCAUGCUAGCUGCCUCUGGUAUCUGCAUCAUCCUCAAUGUGGCGGAGGUGGUGUACCUCAUCAUCCGGGCCUGUGCCCGCCGAGCCCAGCGCCGCUCCAAUCCACCUUCCCGUAAGGGCUCAGGUUUUGGCCACCGCCUCUCACCUGAAUACAAGCAGAAUGAGAUCAACAAGCUGCUGAGCGAGCAGGAUGGCUCCCUGAAAGACAUACUGCGCCGUAGCCCUGGCACUGGGGCCGGGCUAGCUGAGAAGAGUGACCGCUGCUCAGCCUGCUGAUGCCACAUACCAGGCAACUUCCCAUCCCGUCCCCCACCCUUCCCUGGACCUGCCCCUCCUUCUCCCCUGCCAGUGCACAGGCCUCUGCCUGCUAGGGAUUACUCCAUCAAAACCUUCCUUCCCUCCCUACUGCCCUUCCUCCCAGGGCCUUCUGUCUGGGGAGCUGGAGGAGUGGGGAGACCGAGGCCACCACUAUGCCAGUGCUCAAGGUUAUCAGGGGUGUGGGUAGCUCUUGUUGCCUGUACCUUUCCCCCUUCCCUCUCCCUCUUCCUGGGACCACUGGGGACAAGAGAUGGGAUGCUCUGACAGCAUCUCCAAUUCCGAAACUAAUCUUAACCCUGUGCUGUCAGAUACCCUAUUUCUAGAGUCACAUCAAUGGGGAGGGAUGUGGGCAAGCAGAGUGGAGAAGGGGUGCUGUGGAUACGUGGGAGGAGAAGGGAGGGUAGCAAGCACAAGAAAAGGAGGAACAGUGCUUGCCAGCUGGCCACAAGAAGGAGACAUGUCUGGGGGUAAUGGAGUUAGGGAGGGAGAAGCAGGCAGAUAAGUUGGAGUGGGAGUUGGUCAGGGCUGCCCCUGUCUUCGGUCCCCAAGGCCUCUCUCUGCCUGAAAUGUUACACAUUAAACAGGAUUUUACAGUAAAUGA